GCGGCGCGCAGGGCCAUGUCGGCGCCGUGCCUGCGCCUGCCCGCCGCCGGGUCAGCACCGGCGGAGGCGGACAGCGCCGGCGGCAUGGAGCCGCCCGGGGCCGCCGCCCUGGAGCUGGCCCUGGAGGAGGAGCUGGCGCUGCUGGCCGCCGCCGGGGAGCCGCCGGAGCCGCCGCCCGCCGCCGCCGCCCGCGACCCCGAGCUGCUCUCGCUGAUCCGGCAGAAGGAGAAGGACCUGGUGCUGGCGGCGCGGCUGGGCAAGGCGCUGCUGGAGCGCAACCAGGACAUGAGCCGGCAGUACGAGAGGAUGCACAAGGAGCUCACCGACAAGCUGGAGCACCUGGAACAAGAGAAACACGAAUUGCGGCGGCGAUUUGAGAACAAGGAGGGAGAGUGGGAAGGAAGGGUGUCAGAGCUGGAGAGCGACGUGAAGCAGCUGCAGGACGAGCUGGAGAAGCAGCAGGUCCACCUGCGCGAAGCCGACCGGGAGAAGACGCGCGCUGUCCAGGAACUCUCCGAGCAGAACCAAAGACUCCUGGACCAGCUCAGUAGGGCGUCAGAGGUGGAGCGGCAGCUCUCCCUGCAGGUCCACACCCUCCGGGAGGACUUUCGGGAGAAGAAUUCCUCCAGCAGCCAACACAUCGUGCGGCUGGAGAGCCUCCAGGCCGAGAUCAAAAUGCUGACGGACAGGAAGCGAGAGCUGGAGCAUCGCCUCAGUGCCAUGAUGGAGGAGAACGACCUGCUCCAAGGAACCGUGGAGGAGCUGCAGGACCGAGUCCUCAUCCUGGAGAGACAAAGCCAUGACAAGGACCUGCAGCUGCACCAAAGCCAGCUGGAGCUCCAGGAGGUGAGGCUGUCCUACCGACAGCUGCAGGGCAAGGUGGAGGAGCUCAGCGAGGAGAAAAGUCUCCAAAACCUCAACACAACCAGCACAUCCCUGCUCUCUGAGAUAGAGCAGAGCAUGGAGGCAGAGGAGCUGGAGCAAGAACGAGAACAGCUGAGGCUGCAGCUCUGGGAGGCGUACUGCCAAGUGCGGUACCUCUGCUCCCACCUGCGGGGCAACGACAGCGCCGACUCGGCCGUGUCCACUGACUCCUCCAUGGACGAGUCCUCAGAAACCUCUUCAGCCAAAGACGUGCCAGCCGGGAGCCUGCGCGCAGCUCUCAGCGAGCUCAAGAGACUGAUCCAGAAUGUGCUGGACGGGGCAGACUCCACGAGCUCUCGGCGAAGCGACGACGACACCUUAGAGGAGCAGAUCAGGAGAACAAGUGAGGAUUCGCGAGCCCUGAGGGAGUUAAUGGAGGGAGAACGGGGGAAACUGAGGCAGAGUUUGGAGGAGCUGCAGCGACUGCACAGCCAGGUGACGCUGCUGAGUGUGGAGAUGACGACGCUGAAGGAGGAGCGGGACCGGCUGCGCGGCGCUGCCGAGGACAAGGAGGCGAGCGAACGGCUCCUGCAGGCCAUCAGGGACCGCGACGAGGCCAUCGCCAAGAAGAACGCGGUGGAGGUGGAGCUGACCAAGUGCAAGAUUGACAUGAUGUCCCUCAACAGCCAACUCCUGGACGCCAUCCAGCAGAAGGUGAACCUCUCGCAGCAGCUGGAGGCCUGGCAGGAUGACAUGCACAGGGUCAUUGACCAGCAGCUGAUGGACAAACACCCGAAGGAAUGGAGCCAGCUUGCUUAUUCCUUCUCCAGUGGCUCCGGCGCCAGGCGGAGUGCCAGGCCCUCCCCCGCGCUCAGGCCGGAGCAGCAGGGGGACGAGCCCGUCGGGGCCGAAGGAAACCGUCUCUUCUCCUUUUUCAAGAAAAAUUAAUUUGAAAAAGAGAAAACUCUCCAACGAUUCCUGCUUCAAGAUGGGGAGUGGGGCAGCUGCCCAGCUUGCUGAUGGACCCAAGUCUGAUUCACUGAGUAAAAAAGAAGGGGGCAAAGGAGUUAACCCUUGAGACUCUGCACUAUUUACACCGCACCUGGUCUGAACCAAAUGUUUACAUGAAUUGGAGAUCUGCAAAUUGACAAUGUGAUUCUACUAGAAAGAAACUUUUCUUAUUCUGUAAGUGAAGUGAUAAACUUCAGGGUAUAUUUUAGGCGCUUUGACACAGUCCAGUUUCUGCUGUGAAGAAUUCUCUGAUUGUCUUAAAAGCAUUCUUAUGCUGGAGAAGGAAAUAAGCAGCCCCAAGACAGAGCGGUGCAGGGGAUUGAGAACUUCUGUCACAGUGAGCACAGGGGGAAGAAGAGAUCUGAAUGCAAAAGGACAGAAGGGAGCCAUUUGUAUCACCCUGGCAGCUGUGACAUCCUUCAUCCAUCCCACUGAGACUGGAGUCACUCUGGCCCCAGCAUUUCCAUGUUUUGACAAAUGUAGCUUUCUCCGUGGUGGAAGUUGAGCCCUCACUGCCGCUCCUGCCUGGGCACCAUCUCCCCUGGAGCUCUGCAUGGCCGUUCACCCUCGCUGGGAUCCAGGCUCCUUGCAGCUCAGGGCAGGGGACAGACAGAUGGUGUCACUGUCCUUCCAGCUCCCUCCUGUUACAGAGGUAAGAGUUGCAGGCUGUAGCUACACAGAUUUCUCCCCAGGAGACUGACCAUCUACAACAGAUUACAGACUGGAUAAAAGUUGUGCAUGUUCAGUCCUGGGGCACCUGCUGUUCCUCCAAUGACCAAAAGUAGUUUGGGAGCUUCAGCAAGUCACACACCUUUCCCCAAAGCCAUACACAUCACCCAGAGUAAGAAAACUGUCAUUUUAACUGGAUAGGCCCCCAAAAGCCUGAGUAAUAAUUCACUGAAAGCCUACUCCCAAUGAUGUCAGUCAGUCUUUGACACUGGGUUGGCAGACUCGAUCCUCAGAAAGCACACUGGCAUCUGCCUUCACUGAAGCCAAAGGCUAUCAAGGUGUCUACAAAGCUCUGGAAAGCCUGCAGGUUACUCUGCCCUAUGCAGUAACACUGGCUAUGGCCUGACAGAAAGGAGCAUUUGUCCCUGCCUGUGGGUCAGUUGCUACUCAGCCCUUUGGUGAGCAGGUAGCCAAAGGUCCUUUUGAUCAAAGAUGACCAGAGCCUGCUUUGCACGAUUUGAUCAACAAGAAGGAACGUGGCUUUUUUUGGUGUAUUCCAGCACACAGCAGUGCUGGAAAUCAUGCAAUACUCAAGUAAGGACCUCCCCUCUGCACUGGAUGGGCACUUUACAGCUCUUUUAUCAGUCUACCAUCAUAAGCCAGUGAGGAGUACCAGGCUCAGUUCAGAGAUGUCCUGCUGCUGUCAUGCAAUUUUCACACAUUCUCCCAGCUCCUGAUAUCCAUGGGCAGGUCCCAGUUUGUUUCCUGCUUCUUCCAAAAGGCCACCACCUACACUGUCCCACAGCAGACAGAGCUGGUGCACCUUCAGCUCUGCCCUGCUCAGCAACUUCGGUGCUAACACACCAUCCCACAGGGAGCUGCUAUCUCUGCUCACACUCACUUAAAGGAACAAGCUUUCUGCUAGAAUAGGUACCAAACACCCUCUAAGCAGCAGGUAAGAGGCUGGUGGCUUGGGUUUUAGUGUUAUUAAGCUUCCCUGUGGGAUAGAACAUCCAUAAUACCUCAGUACAAAUAUCCUUUCUGCCUAUGAAGAUCUGAGCGUUCCUGUAUUUCCUUGUUACAUGAAACCACCACACUGGUAUGAAACCAUCUUGCACUAAGGCAGCUCUGGGUUGCAAGGAGCAGAGUGCUCUGAGAUUGGCAAUGAUAGUGAAGAGCUGAGUGGUAAAACCCAUCCACAUGAAAGCAAUGAACCCUGGAUUGCAGAGCUUGCUUCAGGAAACACUUGGGCAAAGCCCCACCAAUACAGCUUGAUGCUUUUGGGGAAAGGCAUCAGGAGCCUCACAGGCAGGGAAGGAAACUGAACCUUGGCCUCUCCUUUCUAGGCAAUGCUCAGCUGUUGAGUAUCUGCUUGUAGCCACUUGUAGCCAGUAUCUGCAAGCGAGGGGAAGGGCUGCAGUAGCUGCCACAUGCUCUCAGUCCUCAUCCUCCCGUCCUGCCUCUACUGUGACUCUGGAUAGGGCAGGGACACGAGGCACACACUCAGCAUCUCCUGCUGCCAGGACUCAGUCACACCCACAUGCAUUACCCCAACCUUUGAUUGCUGCAAAAUGAGGCGUGGCAGCGUGGAUGCCAGUGACACCUGUGACACAGAGACACCUGUGACAGUGACACCUGUGAACACUGAGAACAAUGCUCUAUCACAGGAGAGCCACGUGACCAUCUCGGUCCUCAGGGACCUUUCUUCUGCUGUCAGUUGUCAUUUCCCAGUCCCCACCAACUCUCUUCAAGCCACAUGCCCAGCAGUUGUGUGGGACUCUACCCCAGUGAGGAUGGAUGGAUGGAUGGAUGGAUGGAUGGAUGGAUGGAUGGAUGGAUGGAUGGAUG